UGCACUGCAGACGGCAGCAUGCCAAGAAUGUUAAAGCGGCCAGGAGGAAGUUUGUUGAGCGCGUGCGAACAUCCACCCGCUGAGACUGCUUUACAGAGAUGAGAAAGACAAUCCGCACGGUGUAAGGUGAGGAGGCUUCAGGAUAAUUAUCACGACCCGGAGUGCUGCAGGCGGUUGUCAUGCUUGAUGGAUGUACGCUGAGACUGAUUUCGGGACUGAGGCAAAGGUCUGAGGACUCUCACUAGGGGUGGUACGCGUGCCCCUCGGUACCUGCUUUGGAUUGUAUGUGUAGGUGCACUGGAGCAUAACGCGACCCACGCGUUGUUGAGAAUUCAAAAAAACGCUAUUCUCACUGAAGCCAGGGCGCUGAACUUGGAUCGGCAAAGCUGUGAAGCUGGAGGGGGCUCAAUCUGGUGAUACUGUCAGGGAUUGAGGCUGUCUUAAGUGAAUCAGGUAGUUGGCGAGCAAGAGCAGAGCAGCCUAUACAACGACCGACGCUGACAUUGAGACGGAGGAAUAUCUGCAGUUAUUCACAGUGGGCCAUAAAAGGUCAAAUACUAAAGUGACACGCGCUGCACUGGGUGCUCUCCGUUGUCUUCAAGUUCGCUGUCUUUGAACGGUGGCAGUGAUUGACCUCAAACUCACAUCAGCACCGUACCUCUCUACCUGCCUAAGGAACGACUGCCUUCAAUCUACGGCAUAAUUACCUUACUUCACUUUCAAAUUCAGCUGUCCUCCAGCUCUUUUUCCUGAACUGCCAUCAUGUCUCGGAAGGAAUCACAAAAACCCUUCUGGCAGAGAAAGCAAGAAUCGUACGCCAACGUCGACGUCGGUCAGAAAAUCAGAUGUGGUGUCUGCAACGCAAACUGCGUCCCUUCACGGUUCUCGCAGAACCAGAUGCGCAAGUACCAAGAAGCUAUUCAACGACAACGACUUGGCGGUCCUAAGGCCGCACCUCCAUCAUGCACCAGAUGCACUCCUGGCAACGUUCAGGAAUUGACAUGCACUGGCUGCAGAAUCGUCAAGACCCUCGACCACUUUGCCAAAGCCCAGCGACGGAAGCCUGAUGAUGCGAAAUGCAUACCCUGUCAACAAGAGAUCUCCGACCGAGUCCCCGAUUUCCCUACUGCACUUGAAGAGGAACAAAUCAGGCAAGAUUACUUGAAUGGUCGGUCGGACGCUUUUGGAACAAUGUCCACCAUGGGUUCCGCUCUGCCAAGUGUCAGCGGAGGUGUCCCAAUAGCAGCAUACGAUUUUGAAGACCCUGUCGCGGCCGCCGGUCAGGUUAUCCUUGGCAAUGAUGAGAACGAAGCUUGGGAAGGGAGCUCGAUGGCGGGAAAGUCUUCUGUUCAUAACGGCACUACUGGUUUUGAACAUCCUCCAACGACCCCCGUCACAGCUUCCCGUGCUGCCUCUGUCCUGUCAAGCGGCAACACCCGGGGAUUCGCGAAGCAAAACGCAGUGAAGUCGACCGUGCAGGACCGCGUCCAUACUCGUGUGCAGCGUGAGAUAGCACAGGAGUACCAAGCUGGCCCACGAGAGGACGAGUCGGAUCUGGAGGAGGACUUCGAGCUGUAGGGGACGCAUCCUGAUGACCAGGGCUGGGUCUGCACCACGGCGCCGACCCUACACUGGCAGAGAGAUGUACUCGGCUGGAAAGUCCACAAGGUUGUAGGAGUACUCGCCCUGCAUUUCAAGAGAUCACAAUAGACCUUGGUUCAGAGGUCAAUAACACCUGCCCAAAUCAGCUCGGGGUUUCUCGAAUCAACAAUACAGGAUGACAAUCAGCCAGGAGUCUCGUCACGUUGCAAAUUCCCUCUGCUAUGUAAACUCACAGCGGGGCCAGUUCGGUUGUUAGAGCUUUCCAACAGCAGCUACGCAGAGAGCUCGAAUCUUCCGUGAGUUCAGCUCCUGGGAUAGAUAGAAUCAUAGUCCAAGAUCCAAUUCGUGCUUCCAAAGACGGCAUGGCAGACUAAUACGAGGCAAGAGAGCCAACUGGGCUGAGGCCGUUUGGGUUUGAGAUGGCACCGGACUUCGAUACGUGAAAUCAAAAGACCCUGAGCUUGUCUACCUACCUAUGUAGCUCGAAUAUUGCGAGACCAGCCGCGAGAGCAUUUGUGAAAGUUCAUAGAUCCCCAC